AUGUUAAUACCCGAAAACCAAAUAUGGAUGAUAGUUGUCGGUUUCGUGGUGGCCUUUGUUUUGGCGUUUGGAAUCGGAGCAAACGACGUGGCCAAUUCAUUCGGGACCAGUGUGGGCUCCAAAGUGCUCACUCUGCGACAAGCGUGUGUUCUGGCCACGAUUUGUGAACUGCUUGGAGCAAUAUUGCUAGGUGCCAAAGUUUCUAAUACAAUACGGAAAGGAAUUGUGGACACAGAUUUGUUCAUGACCAUUGAUAAUGGAGCAAGUGUACUCAUGGCUGGACAGGUGGCUGCUCUUGGAGGUAAGUCACAUCUCUAUUUGUUUGUCUGUCUGUCUGACUGCAAGCUUUCCUCUCGCCGGUACAAAGAAUGA